UUUGCAGAGCUGAAGACGCAGAGCGGAUCUCCAGACUACUUAGAGUUCAUUAGGAGCUGGUUUCUGAGGAUUAGGAUGGAGCUCUUGUCCAGGAUGAAGGCUGUCAGGAUCUUUGUGUUGAUGAUGACUCUAAAUCAGCUCUCAUUUUCAUCUGCUCAGGACUGUCCGUCCACUCAUGAUCUGCUCAACUCGCUGCGACAGGUGGAGAAGAUGCUGGCGGUCCAUGAGGCGUCAUACGAGCAGGGCUUGCGCUCGCUCAAAAAGAAAAUAAGUGCUCUGCACAACAGCACCAUGGCCAUCUUCAGAGCUGGCAAAAAUGAAUCCUGCCCCAAACCAGACCCCCCUGCUCACGGCCGCAGACUGGGCAGAGUGUUUGGCGUCGGCCACGAGGUCCACUUCAUUUGCAAGCCGAAUUACGAGCUGAUUGGUCCACGGACCAGAGUGUGUCUGGAGACUCUGAAGUGGAGCGGCCAGCAGCCCAUGUGCAGACGCCUCAACACCACCACCAACUCUCUGGCUUCCUUCUCCCCUGCUGCUCCUUCCCUCUCCUCCUCCUCCUUCCCAGCAUCGGCUGCUCUGUCAGCAUCCUCCUCCACUUCCUCCUCCUCAGCAUCUUCUCCCGACACCUCUUCAUUGCAGAUCCCCUCCUCUGUCCGACCGUCUCACUGCACCCACUUCCUGGGAUCCACCCGCUGCACCUGUGAUGUGGGUUUCACCAUAUCGGGCCGUGACAACAACAUCUGCACUGAUAUCGAUGAGUGUCAUCUGUUUCCUCUCGGUCAGCCCGGCCGCCUCUGUUUCCAUCAGUGUGUCAACACACCUGGAAGCUUCCACUGCUUCUGUCCAGCCGGCUACGACCUGGCCCUGGACGGCCGCAGCUGCACAGAUAUCGACGAGUGUGAAACCCAGAUGCACAACUGCACAGCAGACCAGAUGUGCGUGAACACCUUUGGAGGUUUCCAGUGUGUGACAGUGGAGUGUCCGCACAUGAAAAACGCCACGUACAUCAAGACGUCAUCAAUACGUUGCGAGAGGAACCCGUGCAUGCUGGGAGACAAGGCUUGCACUCAGGCACCAAACUCCAUCUCCUUCCACUACCUCGCUGUGGUGUCCAACAUGAGCGCCCCACGCGUCCUCUUCCGGGUGUCUGCAGCUCGUGUGCUGGGUGACACACUGCGCUUCGGCCUGGCUGGCGGCCGUGGACGGGGCCAUUUCAGUGUGCAGCGCUCGGGACGGCAGACGGGCACCCUCCUCUUAGUGGAGCCCAUCCAGGGUCCGGCCACUCUGGAGGCCGAGGUGGAGAUGAGUGAGCUGCAGCGCCACACCCUGCUGGGCCGCUACCUCACUAAGGUCACCCUGUUUGUGUCUCCAUACAUGUUUUAGCGGGGUACACUGAGAGUUGGGUGGUGUAUUUGUUGAUUUCUGUGCAAAAUAUAUGAAAGUACGUAGCCAAGGAAACAAUAUGAGAAGGAGUUUCUGACAUUAAAGUGAAUACAAAGAUGAAGUGAUGUCUGAGUGUGCAGAGGAAGACCUUUAAGGGCAGGAUGCAGAACCUCACUGCAGGUCUUUCUCUUGGAGGGAAGGGUGGUAGGGGUGUCAAACCACUAAGUGUUUUUGUCCUCUUUGUAGAUGUCUUGCUGUAUCUUUUCAAAUUCUUCCAUAUGAACUGCAUGAAUUUUGUAUAUCAUGUAGGUUCAACUAUACUGAAGCUAUUUAGCUAUUUUAAGAAGCACAAUAUUAAAGUGCUUCUUCCACUGGUCAAUAAAACUGGCUUUUAAGACUUAUAAUUUAAUAACAGAAAGAGUAACAGUCAACAAGUCAACAGGUGGACUGAAAUAGAGAUUCAGUCUGAAGCCAUAGUUGAACCAGUCUUCAUGAUUAUUUCUUCAUCUCCUACUCAUUUUAAAUAAAGCCUGUUCAAGUAAUGCGUUCAAGAAAUGCCCAUUCCGUUGCGGAGGUCCCACUGACGCAGGAAAAGUUCACCUUUGUUCAACUUCGGUCUGCAUUUUAGUUUAAAAAAUGAUUGUUGUGUCGUAUUUAAGCUGUAUCUGAACAUUUUUCCACUUUUAAUGGCUGCAAACCCAAACUUGUGAUCAGUCAAAGACCCAUUCUGAACAAAAAGGAUAAAACAAGGAAGGGAUUAUUUGUGCCUCUAAUGUAUUAUCAUGUGUUAUAUACUGUUUUUUUCUAUGUUCAGAAUCUUUUUUUUUUAUUAAGUCUCUGUGUGCAACCUUAUAUUUCCUGUUACUGGGUUAAAAAUGGAAGAUUUUGUGUGUCAUAUAGAAGUGUACUUUGUAUUGUAACUACCAGCAUGUUGGUUGUUCCUUGUAUGCACAGAAUAAAUGUGUUCCUCUCUAACUGCA